AUGUCCCGACCGGCCCAAAACAAGCAUCCAGCAGCGACUGCUAUCAAGGUGCCCACCUUACGACUGGCCCCAUCAAUCAAGCGAUCUACCACUUCAUACUCCAUGCUUCACCAUGACGAAUCCACACAGUCAGAAGCUGACCAAAAGACCUCUGCCAUGAACAAAGAACUACGAGACUACCACCACCAAGUCAAGGCGACCCUCACAAACAUCCUCAACGACGACCGAGUCAAGCACAACCCCAAUGGCAGCCGCUGUGUACAAAAAAUCCUCCUGGAGAACGAGCAGGAUAUGAGAAAACAACGAAAAGAAUCCCUCAGCACACUGAAUGCCAAUCGAACCAUGCGUUUAUGA